CGACCAAAAUCUACAGUCUCUCAUCACUCUCUCUCUCUCCACUAUUUUUCUCUCCAAUCGCUAACGUUUCCGGCGGCAAAUCCGGCAAAUCCGGCGACACAAACCUGAAUUUCAAUAAAAUAUGAUUCGAGGAGAAUGACUAGUCAUCUUCGGAGGUCGAUUUCGCCAUGUCAGACUGCUUCUCCGACCUCCUCUGCGGCGAGUCCUCCAGUAGUAUUAUCUCCCCCGGCGGCAGGGAUUACUCGCCGGAAUACUCAUCGGAUCUCGAUUCUCGGCCGCCGGACGCCGUGGAGUCUAUCGCCGGACUGUUGGAAGACGAGAUGGAUCUAGCCGGACUCAGCAGCUUCCGCGCUGUCGAUCAGCCGAUCGAAGCGUCGAUUAGAUCGGAAUUCAUCGCAUGGAUUCUCAAGGUGCAUCGAUAUUACGGUUUUCAGCCGUUAACGGCGUAUCUCUCCGUCAACUAUUUUGAUCGUUUCGUUUCCUGCCAUCACUUGCCGAAAAUGAAUGGAUGGCCGCUGCAACUACUAUCAGUUGCAUGUUUGUCUUUAGCUGCAAAAAUGGAGGAACGUCUAGUUCCUUCUCUUUUGGAUUUUCAGGUUGAAGAUGCAAAAUAUAUUUUUGAACCAAGAACUGUUCAAAGAAUGGAGCUUCUUGUUCUAAGAGUCUUAUAUUGGAGACUUGGAUCCAUCUCCCCAUUUUGUUACCUCUCUCUUUUCGCGCACAAGAUUGAUCCAUCUCGAAUUUAUAGUGACUUCCUCACUACAAGGGCCAGAGAAAUCAUCUUCUCAACAAUUCAAGAGACCAGCUUGCUUGAGUGUAGGCCAUCUUGCAUUGCUGCUACAGCAAUUCUGUGUGCAGCAAAUGAUUUGCCGAGUUUCUCUCUCAUCACUGCUCACCAAGCUGACUCAUGGUGUGAUGGACUCAAUAAAGAUGAAAUAAUGAUGAUUCGAUUGAAAAUGAAGGCAAAGAAGCAACCAAAGGUAUUCCCAGAGGUUCCAGUCACAUACAGAGCAAGCACUGAUUCAUUGUCUUCUUCAUCUUUAUCUUUUAACAGAAACAGUGGUGGGAUGGAUGAAAAUGAAGGGACUCGGAUUAAGAGGGUUAAAUAUGAUCAAGAGUUGCAUAAUUAAAGUAAAAAGAAGAGACUGGGUUCUAGAAUAAUAUUUCCUUUGUAUUUUUUCUAAUUUGAAGAGUGAUUAGCAAUAAAAGGUUUGAAUAGUAUUGUGAGGUUUAAUUAUGGACAAAGUUUGCAGGAUUUCCAGUUUAUGGAACUGUUUUAGUACUAUAGUGGGGAGUGGGGUAUGAAUGAAUUCAAUUCAAUUCAAUUGAGGCAUGCAUUACUGAAUUAAUAGAGAUUGGUGGGACCAAAAAUGGCUGUGAAAAAUCAAUCGAGAGAGCAGAAAUUUGAGUGAGGCUGCAGCCUGCAGCUAUUUAGUUUGAGAGGCUCCAUUAAUUUAUGAAUAUUUAUUCAUUUUUCAUAUUUUUUUAGUGAUGAGUAUGCAGCGUGAAUAGAAAGUCCACGUGUGUACGUGUGGGAAUUGUCAUUUUUUUAUAUUUGGAUUUUCUUUCUAUUAAUUUUGUUUCACAGGACAGCGACGUGUCUUUGUUUGUACUAAUAAAUUUACAAAGGUUUUAUUUUGUUUA